AUGGCCACCUCAUCUCCUCGGACGACGAAUGUCUGGGAGGUUGUCGACUUUGUGGGAACUCAUCACGACACGUACGCGGCAAUCUCCCCGGCCGAUGCGGACUUGUCUGGAAAAUCGGUUCUCAUCACGGGCGCCUCCAGGGGAAUCGGCAUGGCAACCGGUAUUCGCUUUGCCGUGGCUGGAUGUUCCAAGAUUGCUCUGGCAGCCCGCUCUUCUCUUCGUCAGGCCGAGCAAGAGAUCAAAGCUGCUGCUGUUGCCGCAGGCCGAGAGGAACCUCUCGUCCUUACCCUGAACAUGGAUGUGACCGUGGAGGAGUCGGUCACUGAAGCUGUGGAUAAGGUAUCCAAGGCAUUUGGAGGAAGUCUGGAUGUCCUGAUCGCCAACGCGGGCUACCUGCCAGAAUGGAGACCUGUUGUGGAGUCUGAUCCGACGGAAUGGUGGAAGACUUGGGAGAUCAACAUAAAGGGGACCUAUCUUUGUGCGAAGUCUUUUAUCCCGCUGCUGUUGGAGUCUUCCAUCAAGACAUUCAUCACCGUCUCCUCUGCUGGAGCACACGCACUGUUCUACGGAGCCUCGGCAUACCAGACCACCAAAUUUGCAACCCUAAGGUUCACCGAGUUCAUCGACCAGGAGUACCACGACAAAGGCCUGAUUGCUAUUGCGAUUCACCCAGGAGCGGUCAAAACAGAACUGGCAUUGAAUAUGCCCGAGGAGCAUCAUACCAUCCUACAGGACACGCCCGAGUUACCUGCCGACGCCAUGGUAUGGCUUGCCAAGGAACGCAGAGAGUGGCUUGCGGGCCGAUUCUUCAACUGCUGCUGGGAUGUCUAUGAAUUGGAAAAUCGGAAAGAGGAGAUCAUAAGCCGUGACUUGCUGAAAUUUAGACUUACUAUCUGA